AACAAUGAUAAAAAAGCAAAUUUUUUUUUCAAAGAAAAAAAACAAUGAUAUUGGUAAAAAAUUUAAGGGCUUUUUGUUUUUUUGCAAUCCAAAUUUGCCAAAUGUAGUAUCCAUUUUGUACCAACAAGAAUACAAGUGAAUGGUAGUGGGUAAUGGUGAAAACUCCAAAUCAAAGCUAUACCCAACCAUUUUCUGAGUGUGCUAAUUGACAGUCACGUGUGUUCUGCAACUCUGCAACAAUGGCAGCCUCGCACUUUUAUAACCUCUCUGUCAACCCACGUUCCCAGUUUUCACAGAGAACCCAAGAAACCAAACACUCUUCUACUCUUUUUUAUUUCUUUUUUUAAGCCCUUCUCUCUCUCAGAGACACAAGCAAUGCCUUUCACGUACACAACCACAUUAAACGCAUCGUCUUCGGUGCUUUUUUCUCCAUUUCUUCUUGUUGAUUAGAUGAUGGGUGGCUGCUCUAACUCUUGUUCUUCAUCUUCCUCAUGUGGGUCUUCUUCGUUGGCGGCGCCACCUCCACUGCGUCCAAAGUCACCACCUGGAGGUUUAGAUUUGUUUGGGAAGAGAAGGCAGUUGGUUAAGGUACAAAUCUUGGAGAGAGAGAUUGGCUUGCUUCAGGAAGAGUUAAAAACGGUCGAAGGCCUUCAGCCUGCUUCCUCAUGCUGCAAAGAGCUUGAUGACUUCAUUGGAGCUAAACCAGAUCCUCUUGUGGCAAUAAAUGAGGAACCCCAUAAAUCUGGUUGUCGCUGGAAGUGGCUCUGUCGUCCAUGGAUUUGCUGCUCGAGUGGAUGUCAACCUCAUUUACAAUGGCCAGCUUGCUGUGCUUGCUGUCCAUCUGGCAACUCCCACAAGCGUUCAUGCUGCUGCUUGGAGAAAAUGGCUUGUCAAAGUUGCUGCAAAUUUACCAGACUUUCAUGUCCAAGCUUCAGUUACUGCUGUUUCAAUUCAUCUCUGUGUAAUUGUACAAAGGUGAAUCUAUGUUGUAGUUGCUCAAAAACAUUUCACAACUCAUGUUGUCUAUAAUCAUACAAUAAUUUGUGCUUUUCUUGAA